GAAGUACACAAUGAGCCCACUUCCUUCAGCUCAAGUGGAGGUCCCGCGCUAACAAUUAACCCCCUUUCCCAGCCAAUCCGCCCCUCCCCAUGUCCCACCUCCAACUGCCCCGCAUUACGUUUCAACGUUCGAGAGAGGCAGACAGCUCUCCAUUUACUCCGUACAGCCGCAAUCGUCACCGACUCAACGACAGACUGAUUGCGCGAGCAGAACCUUUGACUCUCCCCGCCGCACCAGAUCGCAACCUCACAAUGUCCCAAGUCGAGACCGUGUCCUCCUUCGUGGAGGGCGCUCCCCCAGGCGAGCUCGCAGAUGUUAUUGCAGAUAUCAAGUCGCUCACCGUAUCGGACCCCGAGAUCGUGUCCAGCCUCGAGCCGGCGUUUGAAAAGUACAACGAGGAGCAGUUCGUCACGGUGAAGCUGCCGGGCGGAAGCCAGCAGGUCAUUGUCAGCGCCCACAGCUCGCUCGGCGACGGCCAGUACUUUGACGUGGAGAGCUCCACGAGCUUCUCCUUUGACCACACCACACAGAAGGCGAGCAACGUGCAGAGCUACGUUUUGGAGAGCGCCAACUCGGACUUGAUCAAGUCGACGUUGAAGAGCCUCGGUCCCUACGUCCAGGAACACUUCCCAAACGCCGCGUACGGCGUCUACCCCACCGAGAACGAUUCCAAGGUGGCAGUCAUCAUCGUCUCGAACAAGUACUCUCCCAACAACUUCUGGAACGGCCGCUGGCGAUCCGUCUACAUCUUCGACCCCUCCUCCGAGGCCCUCGAGGGCUCCGUCAAGGUCGACGUGCACUAUUACGAAGACGGCAACGUCAGGCUGCUCACGAGCCGGCCCAGCCAGGCGUCGGUGUCAUCGGGCACGGGCGCGGGCAUCGUCAAGGAGAUUGCGGCGUCAGAGAAGAAGUACCAGGAGGAGCUCAACAGGGGGUUCACGAGUCUCAGCGAGGGCGCGUUCAAGGGCCUACGACGACAGCUGCCGGUGACGAGGCAGAAGAUUGAGUGGGACAAGAUUACCUCGUACAGGCUGGGCCAGGAUAUUGGCGGUGGCCGGAAAUAGAGAGAGAGAGGGGGGAGAGAGAGAGAUGACGUGGGGGAAGAAGGGCAGAGAAAGAGAGAGUCUUUUGAUUGUUAAGGGC